UUGUUCCAGGUUUGCAUCGCGAUGCCUCUGUCGAAAAAUGUUGAAAAAAAGAUCGCAAAGAAAAUCAAACGGUGCCAACAGUUGAUCGAAAAGGAUGCCGGUACUGAGUUUUGCGAGGAUGCUACAAAGACUAUCGUCGUUUGCAAUGCAGGACUUUCCACGGGGUUGGAGCAGGAAGCGCUUCUGAAGGAAGCAUUACUAUAUGGCAACGUGCAGGAAGUGUGUUUCCCGCCUGGUAAAUCCUAUUGCUAUUUACACUUUGCAUUGAUGGAAUCAGCCAAAGCGGCCUACGAGACCCUCAACGGGCAGUGUCAAUUGGGUCAGGAUGGGGCGGUACUCCUGUUGGCUUUCUGUCGGGAACUUCCUCCAUCGUCACACAAUGUAUGUAGUGGGGAAAUGCCCAACGGAUUGAUUCUAGAGAAGGAUUUCAUCGAUAGCGAAACGGAGAAUCUGCUAUUGAAAGCGGUCGAUUGCAAUAACAUUCACCAGGAACGUGAAAGGGCCGAAUUGAAACAUCGCAAAGUGAAACAUUUCGGGUACGAGUUUAUCUAUGGAGCAAACAAUGUGGAUAAGGCGAAUCCGUUGGAGCGGAAAAUACCAUCAGUUUGUGACAUACUAUGGGACCGGUUGCGAAAAAUGUAUCCUCUUAUGAACUGGCACGUUCCCGACCAACUCACGGUGAACCAAUACGAACCGGGGCAGGGGAUACCGCCCCACGUGGAUACGCACAGUGCGUUUGAGGAUCCCAUUCUUUCGCUGUCUCUUGGUGGCUCCAUUGUCAUGGAAUUUAAAAAUCCCUCAAGUGGAAGGCAGUUUUACGUUGACCUUCCGGCCCGUUCUUUGCUCAUCAUGUCCGGAGAAAGCCGUUACGAUUGGACGCAUGGAAUCACUCCUCGCAAAAUGGACACAAUUCCGUCUGUGAACGGUGGCUUGACGGUGCGCCGAAGAACGCAGCGUGUAUCGCUUACAUUUCGCAAACUACGACAAACCGAUGCGUGCGAUUGCAUGUUUCCGAAACUCUGUGAUACCGUGCAGAAAGCGACAGAAAAGCAAGCAUCACUGCUGGAGUCCUAUGCAGCUCAGGUUGAAGCAGAAAACGUUCACCGGGUGUACAACGAAAUAGCGAAACAUUUUAGCGACACUAGACACUCUCCUUGGCCUCGCGUGGAAUCGUUUGUGCGCUCGUUACAACCUGGUGCAGUUCUUCUGGAUAUUGGAUGUGGGAAUGGAAAAUAUCUUUCUUCAAAUGGAUCCGCUUUUAUGUUUGGUUGUGAUCGUAGCGACGGUUUGCUUCAGGUCUGCCGUGAACGUAGUUUCAACGUAUUCCAGUGCGACUGCCUUGCUGUACCGUUUCGAGACCAGUCCGUCGAUGCCUGCAUCAGCAUUGCGGUCAUUCAUCAUCUUGCCACGGACGAUCGACGCAAGAAAGCGAUAGCGGAAAUUAUGCGCGUCCUUCGUCCCGGUGGUCGGGCCUUGAUCUACGUUUGGGCCAAAAACCAACAAGCCAAUUCCAAAAUGUCCAGCUACCUACGGCAGAACAAACAGAACAGUAGAUCAACUGAACAAGCAACAACGGCAGAGAUCAUCCAGUUGGAGACAGUGGCUGGCAUCAACGAUUGUACUUUACCGGUACAUACAAACCGAACGCCAUUUCAGCAUAAGGACCUUCUAGUGCCCUGGAAGUUGCGGUGCGAUGAAAAUCCAUCAGAGAAAAAAGCUACUUUUCUUCGCUACUACCACGUGUUUGAAGAGCAUGAGCUCGAUAAACUUUGUCUGGAUGAAAACGAAAAUCGUCUAGAAAUAGUAGAAAGCUACUACGAUCAGGGCAAUUGGUGCGUGCUUUUCGAAAAGAAAGACGGAUCUUCCGUAGAAUUAUAGAAAGCUUAACUGAUAAAUACAAAUGAGUCAAUUUUCCUCAUCGGUCGCCUUGGCAACGCUGUAAAAUCGAACCAAUUCAUCGUAAUUGUAAUUGUCCAGCAGUUCGAUUAACUGUGGUAGCUUGGUUUUAACAUUAACUCCCUUGAAUUUAAAUUUAUCGAUGUACAAGUCGGUUAGAAUGCCAUAGAUUCGGUUCAGUAUAGUCGGUUGCUUUCGGUAUUCAUUUUCUAUAGUUUUGUGGUUGCGCACCAGUGCACGAUACUCCUCGGAAAGUGUGUUGAACUCUUCGUCGUCCCGAAUGUCCAAAUCAAUCAAGGCCUGGGCGACCUGAUAGUCUUUGGUGAGUUUAUUGUAGUGCACGAUUUUCGGUUCAAUUAGCUUAAUCAGCGAUGGAAUGCUGGACUCGUUGAGAGCUUGAAACAGAGAGAAAUCAUU